AUUUGUUCAUCUACGUAAUCAAUGUUUCCACCAUGCAGACAAGUUGAUGUUCAAUCUUAUUUUGGAAAAGAAAAGAAAAGAGAUUAGAACUAUCUAUCGAUCGAUCGAUAGUAAGAAUGUAGGUCUACAUGAAAACAGUCACUUGUCUUGACGAGGCUUUCCAGUUCUGCCAAUGGCACUUCCCUCUAAGAGGAUUUAUAAUAUAACGGUGGAGCAAAAACAUGGGAAGGUUAGUAAUUGCCGAGGGUUUAAUCCUUGAGCUCUGGGACCAAUGAUGGAGAUGGUGAGCUAUUUUGUGGUCAGAUUUUACCCAUUUGAAGAACAAUUGACGGCAUAUUUUGUAACAUUAUAUGACAUUUGAUGGAUAUACUGGAGAGAGAGUUAGAAGUCCAGGGGGGGGGGGGGAAAUGUUGUUCCAACUUCUGCUGUACGUUGUGUUUUUACGUUUGGCAACCACAUAAAUUCUCAUCUCUGAAAUAUACAGUACAGUUAUCUUUUCAUGAAGCCGUCUGUCUUCCAUCAGCAUUUGCAACAAAUUUGAUCACACCUGAGUUGUCAGGUGCUACAGCCACCAAAACUAAAACACAAGUGACCAACAACUCAGGCGUGACGCCAUCUGGGCAGUGUGGCGCCUGGGUGAAGGAGCCCGAGGGAGGCUAUUUCACCUCGCCCAACUACCCAGAGAAAUACCCACCCGAGAGGGAAUGUGUCUACAUUAUAGAAGCUUCUCCCCGCCAGUGCAUCGACUUGUUUUUUGAUGAAAAGUAUUCCAUUGAACCAUCGUGGGAGUGUAAGUUUGACCAUAUCGAGGUGCGUGAUGGACCGUUUGGUUUCUCGCCCAUCAUUGGACGCUACUGCGGCCAGGAGAGCCCCAUGUACGUUCGCUCCAGUGGGAGGUACUUGUACAUCAAGUUUGUGGCUGAUGGAGAGCUGGAGGCUAUUGGGUUCUCAGCCCGGUACAACUUCACACAAGAUCCUGAGUUCAAAGGUGUGGGAGAAUUGCCAGCAUUGCCAUUUUGUGAGUUUGAGCUGACUGGUCCAGAAGGCUUUGUGGAAUCUACUCAGAUAACCAGGGAGAAGCAGGCCCUGCCAACAGAAGCUGUGGACUGCAGGUGGUUUGUUCGAGCCCCACCAAAAGCUAAGAUCUACAUGCGCUUUCUGGAGUAUGAGAUGCACAACUCCAAUGAGUGCAAGCGUAAUUUUGUUGCCAUUUAUGAUGGCAACAGUUCGGUUGAGCACCUGAAGAAUAAGUUCUGCUCCACGGUUGCCAACGACAUCAUGCUAACAUCCGCUUUGGGUGUGGUAAGGCUGUGGGCAGAUGAGGGAAGCAGGAAAAGCAAAUUCAAGAUCCUCUUUACAACCUUCCUUGACCCUCCAUGUGAAGGAGACACUUUCUUUUGCCAUAGCAACAUGUGCAUCAACCACACCCUGGUCUGCAAUGGCAUCCAGAACUGUGUGUAUCCAUGGGAUGAGAAUCACUGUAAAGAGAAAAGGAAACCCAGCAUUUUGGACUCUCUGGACAACACAAACAUCACUAUCAUUGCUGUGACGUGCGGCCUGGUUGUCAUCCUGCUCAUCAUCUCUAUCAUCAUCCAGGUCAAACAGCCUCGUAAGAAGUACAUCAUCCGCAGAGAUGACUUUGACCCUGACCUCCUCCAUCCGGGGCUCGAGCCUCCUCACUAUGAGCUCUGCACUUUACGACAUGUCCCCUCAGGUGACCUGACUGAUGCCGCAAUGGGCGAGGAAUUCGAGAACUCCCACAAGCUGCGUCGAUCCUCCUCCAAAUGCAUUCGCGACCACCACUGUGGAUCACAACAUGGAAGCAUGCACGGCAGUGUCCAAGGUAGCCGCAGCAACCUGAGCUUGAGAGAGGCUACGAUCGAUCCUGAUGGUGGGGCUCUACCUCCGGGAAUGGUGAGCCAGCAGUCACCACGGCUCUCCCACCGCACGACCCCAGCCGGUCACAGGAACAUCUUAGUGAUGAAACACAGCUACUCUCAGGAUGGGGGAGCUGGGUACAGAGAGGAUGAUGAUUUGAUGAUUGAUGAUGGCCCAACUACCAGCAGGCACCACAUUCACCACCAUCAGACCCAUCACGGCAUUCCAGGGCUGGACCACACUGUUCACCGUACAUUGUCCAAUGACUUCUAAUAUGGCAAAACUACAAUGUCAUUCACAUACAGUAAAUCGACUGAAUAAAUGGAUACAACAUCAGUUAUUGAACUACAGACAGUAAAACCCUAACUUGUAAUAAUGCAAGGUUAUUUUGUGAAUUGUGCCAUCAACUCCACUCCUGUGAAUUGAAGUAUUAUUGUAAUUUGUGCUUAAGCGUGACCAUUUUUCAUUUGUCCCAAAGUGCAUCCCUUUUCUUUUAACGAUGCUCAUUAUCUAUAUAUUUCCCAACAAUAAAUAAAUCCAUAUA